AUGCCCGUCACCGAAAGUGACAUCGCUCGCCUCCAACAACAGAUCGCCGAGCUAAGUGCCGUCGUCUCUAUGAAACAGGACAUGGCCGUUACGAACGACCAAAGCGGCAAUCCUGUUGGUGUGAAAGAUUGCCUACUGCUCCUGGAGAACAAGAUGAAGGGUAUGGAGGAUAGAGUGAAGAUCAGCGUGGCCGAUCUGCACACUCUAAUUAGUAAUAACGAGGAGCGCUUGGAUACCAUCACUGAUAAGCUCAACGACUGUGUCACUAACUUGGACAGGAAAAUUGACGCGCAGUCCAACAUGAUGCAGAGUAUGUACAAGCUCCUCGACAACAUGGCUAAUCAGUCGAACAAACAGCAAGCACCCAACCAGGAGGCGAGACCAACAACCAAGAACCCAAGAUCGCCACCGAGAAUCAUGACCACCAACUCCCAUGCUCGCAUCGAAAGAAGUGAGCCCAGCUUUGACUACAAGUCCAACUCAAGGGUCGUCGUCUUUGGCGUCGCCGAGCCGGAUGAUUCAUCGAACAUUCUCAACGGAGCUGAUACUGGUAGCAGGCCCACGGUCCGAACUCAGGUGGAAGAUGCACUGAAAGCUGCUGGA